AUGAAACUUAAUGAACUUUCUGAAGAGCCCUUGGUUCUUCCUCCAUCUGAGCUACUCAUCACUCAAUCAGGUCAUCAAAUUAUCUCCUCCAUCUCUAAUAAAGAAGAUCCAAUUAAAGACAAAGGCAAAAAGAUUGCAACAAAAGAAAACAACCCAUUGAAGUGCUCGAAAACGUCUGAGGGCUGGUGUAAAGAACAAAUGCAAGAAUCUCUUGAAGAAAGCAUUUGGAUUCAAGAGUUAAAUCAUAAUACCAAUCGAACGUUGGGCAUUUGUCCAUUUUCCAAGAAGGAAUCAUACAUGAUAUCAAUUUUGCUGGAGGCAAAGGAUGGCGAGUUUGCAGAGAAGCCAGGGCCUUCAUCCACAAAAGGGGAAAAGGUUAGCGAGACUGAGGAGACACCAUUAAAUAAAGACAAUAGACAUCCACCACGAAGUGAAUCCCCUCUGAGGUCCAGGUCCAAAUCAAAGUCGUCCUUUGGAACGAAUGAUGAUGAAGAAGAAGAAAGCUUCACUAAUGAAUCUCCCAUGUCUCAUCCCCGAAGAACUCUAAGCUCUCCUAAGAAAACUCCACCUCCUCAAUCUGCCAAGAAACCUCUCUCAAAAGCUAGUGACUCUAGAACCAUCAUUGUCCAAUGA